CUUCUUUUCUUACAGCUUUGGAAGAGCAUUGUUCUCAGACCUUGAGAAAUCUGGACUUUUUAACAGUGUGCUACCUGAAGGAAUAUAAGGAAUUGAUACUUGUAGCUUCCUGGCAAUUAAUUGUUUGGUAUUUGUACCUCUUGCUUUUUCUGUGGUUUUAGAUCAAGAAACGCCAUGAGCACAACUCAACGAAAGCGCCGUGGAGGAGCAGUUAAUUCUAGGCAAGCUCGGAAAAGGAACAGGCUAAUGGCUUUCACUGCAGAAAUGGCUUCAGAAGCAGAGCCGAUAGAACUUGAAGAAAGUGCUGGUGAAGAAGUAGUAGAUCUCACAUGUGAAUCUUCUGAACCUGUAGUCGUUGAUCUAACUCACAAUGAUUCUGUUGUGAUUGUUGAAGAAAAUCAACGGCAAAGGAGAAAUCUCAGACUAAGAAGCCAGCGACAGUCGGACAGCUGCGUUCUGAGCAGCGAUGAUGAAGAUGAAACAAGAGAUAGUGACGUGUAUGUGACAGACAAAGUGUCUCGAGAACUGGGACCACUGGAAGAUGAAACUGCAAGUUCAAAGCCGUCUGGUACCGUCAGCUGCCCGAUUUGCAUGGAUGGCUACUCAGAGAUUGUGCAAAGCGGACGACUGAUUGUGUCCACCAAAUGCGGCCAUGUCUUCUGCAGUCAGUGCCUCCGUGAUUCCCUUAGGAAUGCCAACUCUUGCCCGACCUGCAGGAAGAAACUCACUCACAGACAAUAUCAUCCCAUUUAUAUAUGAGUACUUGUAUUUCUCAGGACAGACUCAACUGGAUUUUGGGGGGAAAUGUCAUGUUUUCAGUGCUCUGAAGAUUUAAAGAGCAGGAGGUUGUGCAGCCAUCCAAAUAAAACUGAUUUUUUGG